UUGUCCUCUUCUUGUAGUUUUGAUGAAGACUAAAAGAGUAGGGGUUAGGGAUAGUUCAGGGGGGUUCUUGUAAGCCGAUAUUGAAAAUGACGAACGUAUACACGAGGUUGAACCACGUGUCGCGGACCACGACUCACAGAGAAUUCGGUGGAUUCAUUGUUCCUCCCGGGAAAGAUGUGAAGGACGGCGAAUAUCAACCACAUCCGGGAUUCCUGUUUCCGUACAUAAAAGAUGAAUCGGGCAAACAGUUGUACACUUGUUGGACCCCAAAGCCGGUGAUCCCAAAAAAAUGGCAGACACCUACAUACAACUUUAAUUACCGUUGGAUGAAUUUUACCUGUUCACUGAAAGAUGAUGCGCCUAAACCAAUUGAUGGACUACCAAGGAUACCUGAUAUUCACUACAACACAAAUACAACAUAUCGGUCCAUGUACAAGUAUCCAGAAUUUUCACCACAGAUUUUUCACGAUGUACCCAAAAUCAAACCCUAUAAAAUAAGACAAGAUGCAGCAGUAGGAAUCGUUCCUGAACUUCCUACUUACAAAUACGGAGCUAAAUAGAACAAUUAGUCAUGAGAUAUUUUAACUGCUCAGAGGUGGAUUGGGGGUGGGGUGGGCCUAAAUUUUGCGACAAUUAUAAUUUUUAUUACAGAUUAAUUUUUGUUUGUUUACGAUCCCCCUCCAAACCUCCCUUGGCAUUCUGCCUCGUGUCAUUGGGACCCCCCCCCCCCAAUAGAUUUUCUGGAUCCGCCACUGCUGCUCUAUGCACAUUCGUCACGGUAUUCUCUAUAAGCAGUCUCAAAGAAAUACAAUAGGCGAUA